AUGGCCCUCCGAGCCGCAGGCUACCUGCUCAUCCUCUCGGCGUGUGGAGAGGUAGCAGAGCUGCUGAGAGCGUCCAGCGGGGUGAUCACCAGCCCUGCGUGUGGAGGGGUAGCAGAGCUGCUGAGAGCGUCCAGCGGGGUGAUCACCAGCCCUGCGUGUGGAGAGGUAGCAGAGCUGCUGAGAGCGUCCAGCGGGGUGAUCACCAGCCCUGCGUGUGGAGAGGUAGCAGAGCUGCUGAGAGCGUCCAGCGGGGUGAUCACCAGCCCCGGUUGGCCCUUCCAGUACCCGGCCAGACUCAACUGUAGCUGGAACAUCAGGGCCCGGCCCGGAGACGCCAUUACACUCAGUUUUCAGGACUUUGACCUGCAGGGCUCCCACCGCUGCUCAGCAGACUGGAUGUCUGUGAGCAGCUACCGGAGCCUGGACGGUCUGAGGGUCUGUGGGUCCUCCCUGCCGCCCCCCUACAUCUCGUCCCAGGACCACGUCUGGAUCCACUUCCACUCCGACGACAGCCUGACGGGGAAAGGCUUCCGCCUGUCCUACGUCACCGGGAAGCCAGAGGCGUCGGGCUGCGAUGUGGACCAGUUCCACUGCUCUAACGGGAAGUGCAUCCCGGACUGGUGGCGCUGUAACUCCAUGGACGAGUGUGGAGACAACUCUGACGAGGAGCUCUGUGUGGAGUCUCCGUUCUCCUUCCAGCCCUGCAGCCUGAACCAGUUCCCCUGCCUGUCCCGCUACACCCGCAUCUACACCUGCCUGCCGCACAGCCUGCGCUGCGACGGCAGCAUUGACUGCCAGGACCUGGGGGAUGAGAUCGACUGUGACGUUCCCACCUGUGGAGAACGUCUGAGGAACUUCUACGGCUCCUUCAGCUCUCCAAACUACCCCGACUUCUACCCUCCAGGAAGUAACUGCACCUGGCUGAUCGACACCGGGGACCACCGCAAGGUCAUCCUGAGGUUCACGGACUUUAAACUGGACGGGACCGGUUACGGCGACUACGUGAAGGUGUACGACGGCCUGGAGGAGAACCCUCGCCGCCUGCUCCGGGUGCUCACCGCGUUCGACUCCCGAGCGCCGGUCGCCGUGGUUUCAUCGUCCGGUCAGCUCCGAAUUCACUUCUACGCCGACAAGAUCAACGCCGCCAGAGGCUUCAACGUCACCUACCAAGUGGACGGGUUCUGCCUGCCAUGGGAGGUUCCCUGCGGGGGGAACUGGGGCUGUUACACGGAGCAGCAGCGCUGUGACGGGUACUGGCACUGUCCCAACGGCCGGGACGAGCUCAACUGUUCUUCGUGCCAGGAGGACGAGUUCCCCUGUUCCAGAAACGGAGCGUGUUACCCUCGAUCGGACCGCUGCAACUACCAGAACCGCUGCCCUAACGGUUCUGAUGAGAAGAACUGCUUCUUCUGCCAGCCGGGAAACUUCCACUGCAAGAAUAACCGCUGUGUGUUUGAGUCGUGGGUGUGCGAUGCGCAGGACGACUGCGGCGACGGCAGCGACGAGGAGAGCUGUCCCGUCAUCGUUCCCACCCGAGUCAUCACGGCGGCCGUCAUCGGCAGCCUCAUCUGUGGCCUCCUAUUGGUCAUCGCUCUGGGCUGCACCUGCAAGCUCUACUCGCUGCGCAUGUUCGAACGCAGGUCCUUUGAGACCCAGCUGUCCAGAGUGGAGGCGGAGCUGCUGCGGAGGGAAGCCCCGCCCUCUUAUGGUCAGCUGAUCGCCCAGGGACUGAUCCCGCCAGUGGAGGACUUCCCCGUGUGCUCCGGGAGCCAGGCGUCUGUCCUGGAGAACCUGCGAGUGGCGGUCCGGUCUCAGCUCGGCUUCACGUCUCUGCGUCUCCCGUCCUCCGGUCGCCGUGGCAACCUGUGGCGCCGCCUCUUCACCUUCUCGCGGUCUCGGCGCUCCGGCUCGCUGGCGCUGGUCUCGGCGGACCUGGAGGACGCCGCGGGGACUGCGAGCAGCUCCGGCUCCGAGCCGCCGUCUCCGGACUCGGACGACACGGACGCCGAGGGGGGGGGCGUUGCCGUGGGCGCCGGCGUUGUUGCCGUGGGCGCCGGCGUUGGCGCUGGCGGGCCCGUAGCGGCGCUGCCGCACAAGACCCCGCCCUGCUCCGCCGUGGAGGCUGUCUCCGUGACGACGCCCCGGCCCCCCCGAGAGGCCCCGCCCCCCUCCAGCCCCGUUACCGUGGUGACGGCGUGCGACCCCGAGGAGCCCCGGGAGGCCACGCCCCCUUCGGCCCUGCAGCGGUUGGCCCAGAACCUGCAGCGCAUCGCCAGGAACCUCACGGGAACCAACCAGAACCAGCCGGACCCGGGCUGGACCAAUCACAGCCCGCUGCGGCAGCUGACCAAUCACAGCCCGCUGCGGCAGCUGGAGACAGGAAGGGGCGGGGCCGAGGCGCCGCGCGGGCAGCGAGAGGAGGAAGAAGAAGAAGAAGACGACGUGGAGCUGCUGAUCCCGGACUCUGACGCUCGCACGCCGCUGCUGGAGCCACGCCCCCCCCACGCCGCAGGCCACGCCCCCCGCCGUCACCGUGGAAACGGCCCCUGUGAACACUGCGGCAUCGUCCACACGGCGCAGGUUCCCGACGCCUGUCUGGACGCCGCCGCCGGCAAGACCGAGAGCAGCGACGACGAGCUGCUGCUGCUCUGCUAACAGGCUAACUCUGUGCUAACAGGCUAACUCUCUGCUAACAGGCUCCCAGGCUAACUUACAGGCUAACUCUAUGCUAACAGGCUAACUCUCUGCUAACAGGCUCCCAGGCUAACUUACAGGCUAACUCUAUGCUAACAGGCUAACUCUCUGCUAACAGGCUCCCAGGCUAACUUACAGGCUAACUCUAUGCUAACAGGCUAACUCUCU